UAUAACUCAAACAGGCAGACGCACAACAAGUGAAUGAAGUCUGCAGGACAAGACAUUGAGCUGGGUGGGAGAUUCUUCUCUUUGUCCUGCUGUAAUUGCUUCAGAAUAGAUUGUAGGGGACACUGUGGCCCCUCCUUGGUUGUUUGAAGCAGCAGAUAGGGUCGAGUCACACAUCCAAAGACUUGUCCUUUGGGAGAUUACCAGCUCCUUGGCCAUAGCUGGAGGAUAGUUUACGAUUUCUGGAGAGCUGUCUGUCCAUGAGGUGAUAUUUGCUCUGAUCAGGAUCAUCUCUUAAUCUAAGAUGGCGGUUUCCUAUUUGUGUGUGUUGCUGUUAGCAACAGGACUCUGUUUGUGUUCCACAAUGAAAGUGCGACGGACAUUUAGAGACCCGAGUGGCAAGAAACUUCAACAUAUAGCCCUUCAUGCUCAAACAGGGAAUAUAUUUGUAGGUGCUACCAACAGGCUGCAUAAACUCUCUUCCGAACUGUUUCUCAUUCAGAGUGCCUCAACAGGACCAAGGGAGGAUAACUCUCAGUGCCCGCCACCAUUACUUCCUUGCAAGGAAGAAAAAAGAGAAACUAAUAGCCAAACCAAAGGAUUAGUCAUUGACUCUAUGCAAAACUCACUUAUUUUAUGCUCUAGUCUUUUUCAUGGAUUUUGCCAAAAGGUUUCACUGAAAAAUAUCACCCAUGUUGAAAAGUUAGUCCACAAGCCUGUGGUGCCUAAUGAUAAAUCGUCAAGUGUCAUGUUCAUUGCACCCAGUGUGAAUUCGGAACCUGCUUUGUACAUUGCAGCGACCUACAGCAGUAAUGGAAUGAGAGUAUAUCGGGAUAUGGUUCCAAGUUUAAGUAGCAGACGACUAACUGACCUGGAAUUUUCUUAUCGGGAUUCUUUUGGAGCAACCAAGAAAAACAUAUUGGAAAAGUUCCGUACAACCUAUAAAAUUCGUUUUGUGGAUGGUUUCUCAUAUGAAGGAUUUGUCUAUUUUGUGUCUGUGCAGAAAGAGAAUGUAAAUUCAACCAGGUAUAUAUCCAAGAUCAGCCGAAUUUGUCAAGAGGACAAGUACUUUUAUUCGUAUGUAGAGCUGCCAUUUUUCUGUGAAAAUGCAAGUGGUCAGAGGUAUAACAUCAUUCAGGGUGUGCACCUUCAUGAGGGAAAGCUGUACACAAUCGUCUCACAGAACAUCAGCUCUUCCACAAUGCCACCAGGAACUUCUGCAUUUUGUGACUAUGACUUGGCAGAGAUUAACCAACUGUUCAACAAGACAGUCAGCGACUGCUUUCAGGGCAAAGGGACAAUUGGACCAGAGUUCUACACACAGAGACACACCUGCAAGAAAACUGGGGCACCUGUUGACGUGUGUGGCCAGUCUGAUGUUGCUGAAGCCUAUUCCUCCAUCGAAGGCUCCUUGGCGGUGCGGUCAUCACCCAAACUUGAGAUGCCAGACACAGAUGCAUCUGCCUUGUUCGUCAGACAAGAAGGCAGACACCUCAUUUGUUACAUUGGGACUUCUGCAGCAGAAAUUAGCAAGGUGUUGGUGACAAAGGACACUGCUGAUGUUGUGGAUACUCUUAAGACCCGUGGGCAAAUCAAGAAGAUUCUCCAGGCUUCUGACAUGCAUGAACUGAUCAUCCUGACUCCAGACAAGGUUGUGCUGUUGUCGACUGACCACUGUGGGGACCAUGCCAGCUGUGAGGACUGUAUGACCGUGUCAGAUCACAUUUGUGGCUGGUGUGUCAUGCAGAAUAGGUGCAUCUCAGCAGACAGGUGUCAAUCAUCAGCAAUCACUCCUCAUUGGCUGGCAUCAGAUGACCAAUCAUGUGCUAGCAUUAAAAACAUCCAACCAGAAAUGUUCAGCUUUGAGAGUCUAGAAAACAAGCAAGAUUCAAAGCAGAUCACAUUUGAGCUGGACAAGGUUGCUGUCCAACAGAAGAACAGUGAUGACCUCCAAUGUUUGUUUGUUGCUGGGGAAACAAGGCAUGGAACUCAAGCGUCUCUAAAGAAUGACAGGAUUACCUGCCCCUUGCCUGAGAAGGACCGCCUGCCAACCAUCCCUCAUGGUAAGGCGAAUAUCCCACAACCAUCUCUAAAAGACCACCAGAACCUGGUGCUGCAGUUCCAUGUCCAGGGCCGAUCCAUCGUCACCCGCAGCGUUGCUGUCUAUGAUUGUCGGGUUCAUCAAAACUGUACUGGGUGCACAUCCAGCACCUUCCAGUGUCAGUGGUGCCCUGCCUCUAACACCUGUAUCAAGGACUCCUCCACCUGCCAGACUGGCAAUGCUGUGUCCUCAUCCGACUCUUGUCCUCGCAUUGAAACGGCUGCGGCAGACACAGACAUCCUUGUCCACUCCAUGGAGAAGAAACAGAUUGCUGUCAGAGUCCGAAAUCUGCAGGGGGAUCAGACCAAAAACAUGAAGUGUCACUUCAGUUACCUGGGAGAGACCAAGGUUGUCGAGGGAACGAUCCAAUCCACCAGUCUCACCUCGAGCCCUGUCAAGUUCGCGUACAACAGCACUGUCUUGCCAUAUGUGACAGCCUCAUUCAGUGUUACAGCAGGCGGGAGUGACUUCCCCUUGGACAACCCCAGCGGCAUCAAAGUUCGCAUCUACAAGUGCCCGCUGAUGGUCACCAACUGCGGCAAAUGUCUGAGUAUGGACGCUGAGUACAACUGUGGCUGGUGCGAGUACAGCUGCACUCUUCAGAAACACUGCAAGGGAAAAUGGCUGGACCGCUCCGAGACCUGCCCCAACCCACAGAUUCUCAGGUUCAGCCCAGCUAAUGGACCAAUCCAAGGCAAAACAAACAUAUCCGUGACUGGCAUCAACCUCGGCAAGGCAUACACGGACAUCACCAGCGAUGUCACGGUGGCAGGCAUCAAGUGCACCGUCAUCCCUGACCACUAUGAACCCUCAUCCAGGUUUACCUGUGAGACUGACAAGUCCAGUUCAGCUGCUAGUGGUACAAUCAAGGUGACAGUGGAUGGGGAAUACACAGCUGAGUCGGACUCACCCUUCCACUUCGUUGUGCCCUUGGUGCAGGAUAUUAAACCCGAACAGGGCCCCAAAUCUGACGGAACAGUCAUCACCAUCACUGGCUUGUAUAUGAACACAGGCAGCAGCACAUCAGUCAGUCUGGCCGGGGCACCAUGUGAGGUGGUCAGAUCCAACAAGACUGUGAUUGAGUGCAAGACCUCACAACAUGUUUCCGAUAACGACAAGGUCGACGUUGAGGUCAACUUUGGAGGCUUGAAGAAGCUGGUCCCAAAGCCAUUUGAAUACAUCACGGACCCAACCAUCUCCUUGAUUGAACCAAAGAGUGCCAUUCUCAGUGGCGGGACGUCCAUCACCGUCAUUGGGCAGGACCUGAAUCUCAUCCAGAACCCCAUGUUAUUCACCACACAUGGAGGAAACAUCUACACUUCGAAAUGCCAGAAUGACAACAAGUUCCAGAUGGAGUGUCCUGUUCCUGGAAUCCCUGCUCAAGGUUUGAACGUGUCGGCCACCAGCCCGCUGGAAGUGCAUUAUGGGUUCCACAUGGAUGGUGUAAUGACCUUGAAGAACAUCUCUCACCUUGCCCAGUUUGGCCUUCUCAUGUAUCUCCCUGACCCUGAGAUAUACAAGUUCCCCGGAGAAACCCACACCAAGAACUACAUCAAGAAGGACCACUUGUCCAUCAAGGGAGAUUUCCGCAGUAUCCCGCCACUGAUGUCCAACGUUGUAGUGUAUGUUGGCCAGGACGUGUGCCUCAAUCCCGCUGCCACGGAUACAGCCAUCACUUGCCGCCCCCCAAGUUUACCUAGAGGCAUUGACAGCAGUGGCAAGGCACUGGUCAGGGUCCAGAUUGGGAACAUCAACCGUCAGGUUGGCUACCUCCAGUACUACGACACGUCCAGUCAGGACAAACCAAUCGCUCUUGGUGUCAUCCUGGGUGUCGUACUCCCCAUCCUCGCAAUCAUUGUCCUGCUCACCAUCUGCGUCAUCCGUCGUCAUCGUAAACACGGCCCCAGUGAGAACUACAUCCCUGACGUGCUGAAGGAUUACGAGGGCAAGAAGGAGGAAGAAGAGAUUGGCAUGAACCAUGUGUCUGUCAAGGCGGACAUGAAUGGACAGAUGACUGAUGAUAAAGACUCGGGUCCGUACAUCGCAGAGCUACUGGGGAAGUUUGAAGACACAGCACUCCGUCAGAAUAUCAGCUCCAUGUUGAUAGCUCGCAGUCGGCUGGACAUUGGCGAACUUAUCGGAAAAGGCAACUUUGGUGCCGUCUAUAAGGCGCAGUAUCAACGGACAGAUGAUGAGAAACCAGUACAGGUGGCUGUAAAGACACUACAAGGUAAGAACACAGAGGUGGAAGCCAUGCAGGCAUUCCUCCAAGACACAGUACUUCUCAAGGAUCUGCAGCACCCGAACAUCCUGUCCGUGGUGGGCGUAUGUGUCACUGCUAGCGACGACCCCACUGUCAUCAUGCCAUUCAUGGCAACUGAAGAUCUCAAAAACUUCAUCCGGGAACCAUCUAAGAAUAUAACAGUAUUAGAACUAGUAGAUUUUGCCCGCCAGAUAUCAGAGGGGAUGACAUAUCUAGAAGGCGUGAAAGUUGUCCAUAGGAACCUAGCUGCCAGAAACUGCAUUGUUACCCCAGAGAAGACAAUCCUUCUGACUGAGUAUGGUAUCACAAGAGCACUGUUCCCACAAGACUUCUACUUCGGGGAAGACAGCAGUGUCAAGGUGCUGCUCAAAUGGAUGGCACCGGAAGUUAUUGACGACUUCAACUUCUCCAGCAAGUCAGAUGUGUGGGCAUAUGGUGUGGUGAUGUGGGAGCUGCUGACAAGGGGAGUAACUCCGUACCCAGACGUGGACAGUGCUGAUCUUCCUGCCUACAUCAAGGGAGGCAAGCGGAUGAAGAAACCAAAACAGUGUCCAGAAAACAUGUACCAGCUAAUGCAGAAAUGUUGGACGGAGAAACCAGAAGACCGACCCACAUUCCAGGGUGUUCAGGAUGAGCUCAAGACCUUCCUGCAAUCAGAUGAAAGCGUGGACGAAGGGGCGGAGUCAAAGCCACUCAUGAGCAAUGUCGAUAUUGGUGGAUCAACUGAGUACUUGGAAGUGAUUGGCUAAUUUGGGACUAUCUUUACUUUGAAGACCUUCCCCCUGCAAUAAAUUGCCAUACAGACUGUUCAGGGAUCAACUAUAUUGCCAUGAUGAGUUGCUGGAAGACGUCAGAUUUGAAUCUCAUAUCAAAACAGAUGACACUUUGAUAAUCUUAAUGAAUGAUGUUUCAGAUAGUGUCAUUUGAUUGGCUGAAAUAUACUCUUGUAAAUUCCAUGUUUGGCUGCAGUUUGAAAUAAUCUAUUUAGUUGUUAACUAAAUGUUGAAAGAAAUAUGUCAUGACAAAAAAAGGCUUUGUAGGUACAGAUAACACAGUGAGAAAAAAGUGUACAAAGAGGAAAUAUUCCACUGCUGACAAAAGAUAUUGUUCACAUUAAACUAAACACAUGUUUACAUGUGAAACAAGAAUUCCACAAGCGGGUGUACCCAGUCAUGAGGCAUCAUUCUGUGAUGUCCUUUGUACAAGGGGCUUAUGAAAAUGGACUCGGAGAAUUGCAGAUUUCUCUGAAAAAUGAUUGAUAUUGAAGCGUGACAUUAAUGUGUGCCUCUGCAGUGUUUAGUGGAAGUCACAUGAUGCAAACUGGGGCCACAGUUUAAUACCGGUAACAUGUUGAUGCAUUUUACAACAUUUUUUUAUUUUUUAGUUUUACAUGAUCCUUAACUUACUGAUGGUGCUAUGGACCUAGUUUGAUAAGACAGUGCAAAACCCAACAUAGGUACUUUUAUUAUAUAUACAUCUGGAUCUGGUUUCGCUCUGGGAGUAGCAGUAUCCUCUCUUGAAAGUAACUACAUUGGAGGUUCAUUAACUUUUGUUAUUCUUUUAUCUUUUCUUUAUUGUGUUUUCUUAAUUUCUUAACCAUUAAAGACUUAAGAUCUGACUCAAGGGCCUGUGAAAAUGGGGGAACUUUAGGUUUAUGUUAAUCUGUGUCAUUUACUUAAAACCUCAUCACCAAUUUAUGUAUUUUAACAGUUUUCCUGACCACAACUAAAUCAGCAUUAAGCUUGACAUCAAAUCAAACAUAUUUUUAGUGAUUACUUUUGAUAUCUUUUUUUAAGAGUUUUUUAAUAUUUUCAGAUAUGGAGAACAAAAUACAUUUUCAAUUCUCUGUUUUUCCGUCCGUGAAACUUCUUUUAUAUUCAACUAGCAGCUGUUGUUUGUGGGAAUUAAUUAUUCACUCAUUACCUUCGUGAUAGAAUUAUAAGACUUUCAUUAACAGUGAUUCUACUGAUGACUUUAAUCACAUUCUUUUUACUCAAAAUCGGACAACAGCAGCUGUCAAUAGUUGGAAUUAUGCACAAAAUCCUGCAAUAAUUUGAACUGCCUCAUUUGAUGAACUUGGAUGCAUUUGUCAUAUUGAGUAGUCUCCCUUUGUUGUACAUUUCAAAUUCUGCUUUAAAAUGGCUUUGUCCAGGUUAAUUAUGGUGCAUGUGUGAUAUGUGAAAUACAGCCUUUUGAUGGAGGUACAAGUAUUUUUCAGUAGAUAGUUAGGUGUGUUUGAAAUAUUCUAUUCUUUUAGAAUCCCAACACUGAAGGAAGGUGUUACUCCAGAUUGUGCUUAAAGUCAAUGGGAGAUAACUCUAGAUGAGAAUGGCUGAACCUUCAUCCUUCUUGUAAAACAGUAAGCAGUAGAUGUGCCCAGUGUUUUCUAUGUAAGAUAAUCACAUAUUUAUUUUUAUGUCUGUGGAGGUCUACCAGUGAAGUUAGAACAAUAUUCAGACCUAUCAAAAAACGCUGAAUUUUAAAUUGUAAAUCUGACUGAAUGAUCAACGAUCAGACCUAAUACACUAUUUCAAGGGGCUGAAGCUGAUUCUGUAAUGAUCAGACUUCUCAUUAUCAUGUCAACUAAAGAUUUAUCACAGAAGGAUCACAUUAUUCCUAUUCUUCUCUUUACUUGGUAAAGGGUAGAUUUGAAUAUAUUUGGAAUACAUUGUGUCUGUGACAUUACAUAGGGCUGAAUAUGUUGGCUGUGUUGGAAGUUGUACUAGUGUACUUACUUUAGAAUGUGUGUAGACUGUGGGAUAUUCUCAGGCUGCAUAGAAGCUCUGUGUUAGAAAUGAAAUCAUGUUGUAAACAUCUCCCACUAAAAGUAAUCAUGUGCUAUCAAACUGCCAACUACUUAAUACAACCAGUAUUGCAUGUGAUACGAUAUUCUCAAGGAUUCAUCUCUUCACAAGCAUCUGUCACAUUCUUUAACAAACUGGGUUGGCGUGAACGAUGCUGCUUCAUAAUGCAUAAUGAAUUUUACCCUUUGACAAAGGCAUCUGGAAAAUUUAUUUUAUAUUGCGCAAAUAUUGGUUGAGAAAAACAUGAUUGAGUUUAAUUCUAUUACAUUGUAAACUAUACAAAUUUAAUGAGUUUAUAUAUAAUGCUGCAGUGCUCUCAUAAACCUGGAUAAAAUAUUUUCAUAACUCUUGCCAAAUGUUUUUAACUUUGAGGAAAAGAUUUAAAUAUUUUUAUGAUGUGCUUCCACUUUUGGUAUUUUUGUACAAGUUUAGUAAGUCCUGUGUAUUUACUUCUGUGUACAGCAAUAAAAUUGUGUACUCUUUGAUCCAUCAUCACCAAAGUAACAUGUUUUGCUGAAUAAGCGUAUGUUUAUUGGCAACAUGUACACAGUCUAUUUUCUAGAGUGCAUGAGUGUGAUAAGGAAACUCACUCAAAACAUCAGUGAGUUGUGUUCUGAAUAAGGAUUGAUACAAUCUGGAUCAGUUUCAGUUAGACUGACCUGAGUAGAUGAUGGUGUCCUGAUCUAUGAACUGUAUCAAUUUUUGUAAUUGGUUAAACCUCAAUUAAUUUGCAAAAUUUAGAUGUUUGCUCAACUAGUUUGUGUUCAUAUCUUGUAUAGUUGUGUAUGAAUAAAUGAACUUUGUACCUCACAAACUUCCAUGGUAUCAUGAACUUGAAGUUAAAAAAAUCUUAUGCUACUGGGUGUCACCUCUGGAAACCAAAAUGGCAUGAUCCAUUUUCUUGGUAGGAUGGUACCAUGGUAGUUUUGUGUGGGUGCCAGGUUCCUGUGUAUACAUGUGAUGGCAGAUGUGUGAGAACAGUAGUCUAGCUGUAGAUCUAUGCACUGUAAUGUCAGUUGAUAUUUCUACUUUUAUGGUGCUUACCGAAGCUCGUGUACAUAGGUCCGAUGCGCUUUUAACCACAUAUGUAAUGUGCUUCAUACAACCUUUGUCUAUAAUCAAAGCAAUCUUAGUGACAUUUUGACUAAUUUAUGAUGUUUUUAAUUUUAUAUGGCUUUUGAUAAAUAAAAGCUAAGCUUUGUA